CGAGGAUCAAACUCAAGCUGACAGGUUUCCUUAUAGAGCCCAGGACCACCCACAUGGGCUGGGCCCUCCCCCGUCAUUCACUAAUGAAAAUGUCCUACAGGCUUGCCCCAUCUUACAGAAGCAUCUGAGGCCUAUAGCCGAGUUCCCCACUUGCUUUAGUCCCUGAUGACUUACACGGUAAAUGUCACGAUUUGUGACCUUCUUUGCUUUGUAACUAAUACAGUUUCACGUAACCGCAUCCACAGUGGGACGUAGCUUUCAGGGCAACUUCAGUCAUUGCUCCUGGACCACGAUCACUCAUAUUGGGCUCACAUAUAAACUGGGUCUUACUCCCUCCGAGGCGAGAACAGCUCUGUGUCUUCAGAAUAAAGGCUCUUAGCUCCCCUCCAGCAGCGCUUCCGGUUACUGGUAACUUUAGGACGAAGCCUGCCUUUGUCCUCCGGCCUUUUGCUGCAGCACCACAGAUUGUUCUCGAAAGCAUUCGCGGAAGCGGCCACUUUCGUAGCGGCGAGGGCUCUGUCUUUGCAAGUCCCUCUAGUGGGUUGCCCGUGACGCGCCUCGGUAGCUUUGGGGUUUCAGGCUCAUUCAGUCCCCCACACCGUUUAUUUUGAAGUGGCAAUUCCGGUUACGUCCACGACGUUCCCGAGCGGUUGGAAAGGGCAGGGACAGAAUCCGCACAGCUUCAAAGAGCCCGGCGCGGCCAUUGGUGGCUGCGCACUCGCGCAGGUCCCCGCAGCCGCGCGGCCCCGGGUACCACUCGCCUCCUACGCCGCUAUCUUUAGCGGCCGCAGCCGGGGCCACGUGACGGAGGGGGCGGGACGGAGGGCGCCCCGCCCACACCGCGCCGCGCAGCAUCCCGCAGAGCGCCGAGCCCGCGCCUCCGGCCUGCGGCUGCGGCGAUGAAGAUCUGGAGCUCCGAGCACGUGUUCGGCCAUCCCUGGGACACGGUGAUCAAGGCGGCCAUGCGGAAGUACCCAAACCCGAUGAACCCCUGCGUGGUGGGCGUGGACGUGUUAGAGCGCAGCGUGGACGGCUGUGGGCGCCUGCACAGUCUGCGCCUGCUCAGCACCGAAUGGGGGCUGCCGGGCCUCGUGCGUGCGAUUUUGGGAGCCAACAGGACCUUGACAUACAUCAAAGAGCGUUCUGUCGUGGAUCCGGCUGCAAGGAAAAUGGAGCUGUGUUCCACCAAUAUCACACUCACAAAUCUGGUGUCAGUGAAUGAGAGGUUGGUGUACACACCUCAUCCAGAGAACCCCGAAAAGACUGUGCUCACCCAAGAAGCCAUCAUCACUGUGAAGGGGAUUAGCCUGGGGAGCUACCUGGAAAGUCUAAUGGCCAACACGAUAUCCUCCAAUGCAAAGAAGAUGUCUCACCAAAAAGAGUCAAAGAAGAGAGGAAAGAAGGAAGUAUGGAUGGACAAAGAAGACGAAAGGCAAAUGUGGAUGUGUUUCCCGCCAAGUCUGGAAGAGGAAUCUGCUGGAAUCUUCCCCUCCCUGGACAACAGUGGGCCCAGACUCCAGCAAGUCGUGUGGAGCCCUAUCCUGCCAGGCUCUGCUGUAGGCAGCUGUGCUGGAGCAGUACCGGGCUGCGCCACCCUGCUUCUUCUGGCAGCAGUGCCGCCUCUGCCUGCUGGCUCUAGUCACUUCAUCCAAGGAGAGCUCCCCUCUCCUCAUGUUCUGCCAGCUAAGCCAGGGUAGGUCCCCCACAUCUUCCCCAGGGUCCCGGUUGCUGCCCUCUGUUCCUGGCGGCUCUGUCCUUAUAGUGUCCCACUUGCCGCUGGGAAUGUGAAUGACAAGUUGCUGUCUGGCCCUCAGGGUCUCCAUCAUGCACUGUAUCCAAAAGCUUCGGAGCUCUCUACAGAGGCCUUGAAUUCCCUAUGUUACUGAAGAUGACCAUGAACUCCUGAUCUUCCUGCUUCCAGCUUCCCAAAUCCUGAGAUUACAGGCUUGGGCCAUUGUUCUUGGCUCUUUUUGGUUGCUGUUCUUGAGACAGAUCUUGCUAUGUAGCCUUGGCUUGUCUGAAACUCAUGGCAUUCCUCCUGCCUCAGCAUCUCAAGUGCGGGAAUCACAGGUGUGCACAGCCCUGGGCUGGGACUCUUGUAAAGUCCCAACUCCCCAAGCCUUUCCCCAACAAGACUGAUUGUCCCUUAAAGAGAGGGUGGGAACCUCCUGCUGUGUAGGGCCUUCCAGCCAACUCGUGUCUCCUGUGGUCCUGGGGUCUUGCUGGACUGUGGGCAGUACCUUUGUGCUCCUGUUCUAGAUUGAAGGCCCUCCCCGCUGCCUGCUUCACCCUCCUGCCUCAAAGUUCCUGGGUUCCUCAUUUUCUCUUGGUAGUCUUACAUGGGCACAAGGUAUCUUUUUUUGAGACCAUGUCUCAUGUAACUCAGGCUGGCCUUCAACUCACUGUGUAGAUAGAUGAGGCUGACCAACUCCUUCCACCUCUCAAGUACUAGAACCAUAGGUGAAUGCCAUCAUGCCUGGCUUUCUAUCGUCUCUAAAUCAAAAUUGCUUAAAACUCUAAAAUAUGGGGGCUGGAGAGAUGGCUUAGAUGUGAAGACCACUGGCUGUUCUUCCAAAGGUCCUUAGUUCAAUUCCCAGCAACUACCUGGUGGCUCACAACCAUCUCUGACGAGAUCUGGUGCCCUCUUCUGGCGUGCAGGCAUACAUGCAGGCAGAACACUGUAUAUAUAACAAAUAAAUCUAAGAAAAUACUAAAAUAUAUAAACAUAGAAACCGAUGUAUCGUGUAUAGGGAAUCCAUGUCUGUAGUUUUAAAAAGAGGCAUUAAAUCCAUUGACUAGAUCUCUGCUCUUCCUGUCAGUCAGCUCACCGUUCUUACAAACUCUUCUAGAACUUUUCUAUGCCUGUGAAGGUUUGUCAUUUUCUUGCAUUAAAUUGAGUUCAAA